ACAAGCUGACAAGCCAGGUGAACUAGGUCAUGAUAGAGCAUGUUGACCGGCUCUCGGAGCGUUUUCCUCUCAUUUUCGCUCGGCUCGCUUGAAGUGUCAGUCAUCAGAAAUGAAGUCCUCUCUGGCAGUGGCCAUUCUCGUUGGAAGUUUGAUGAAUUUGGCAAUCGCCGAUUCAGAGCAAUCGACUAAUUCAACAGAACAGCAAUCUGAGCAACCCGGCAACUGCGAGAGGGCCGUCCCUUUACCUCCGUGGGCGAAAUCAUACCGUGGAAGGUGUUGGUACAUCUGCAAAGGAUGGCCCAUGCGCAUUGAAUUUGAACCUGAAGGUAUUUCUUGCGGGCUGGUCACCGUGAACAACGCCAAGAGAGUCUGCAAGAAAGGCAACUGCGUAAAAGAAGAAUCUGUUAGUGGCCAAUCGCAGCAAAAGCGACUCAUUCCAACCCAAGUUUCCGCCCCCAAGCAAGAGUCCGGGACUGGAAAUCUGCUGGGAGCCUCGAAUAAGCCGGCUUCCGACAAAGAAACUUCGACAAAGAAGAAGCCAACCAGCUCGUUAGGUGGCCUCCUAUCGAAAAAGCAUUAGCUACUGACGCAUUCCCAAAACAGCAGAGCCGUAUAACUGCGUGCUAAAUACUUCGAGGUGCAAGAUGACUCUUAAAACGCAUGUGUGCAAUAACAGAAAGGCUCCAAUUACUUCCUUGGUGCUUAAAAACAAUCUCCGAGGAUCAGUCUCCUGUCGUUGUUUCGUGACAGUCGUGACCAGUUUCGUGACCCAUAAUAAGUUGUAAUGGAGAGCUGACUUCAAAGUCACUGAUUUUUAAUUUUAGGAGGCUCAGUGCCAUCUGAACUCAAAAGCUUUGAUGCCGUCUACGAUAGAAAAGAAGCUCCCUAGAACAGUUGGUCAAGCCUUUUUCGUUAUUUUGAAGUCAAUGAAACGGGAUUAUUUUGGUUACCCUAUGCUAGUAGUCAUUUUCACACUGAAGAGGAAUCUCAAAAUAUGAAGCACCACCAUUUUGGAAUAAAUUCUCUUAAAACUUAGUUUACCAGAAUGGUUAUAGGUAUUUUAUAAUUUCUCUUUGCCAUAUUUAAACGUUCUUCAAAAGUUAUCUCCCCCUCUUUAAAGUCUUUAAACGUUGAACUGGUCACGAAUAAAAAAUUCCAAUAGAUGUCCGAGUGCUUUAAUUAAGCACUUUAGUGCACUUUCAGCACUUUAAUUAAGCAUUAACGUAAUUGUGCCAUAGCUGAAGAGAAAGAGUGGUUGUGACGUUGAGCCAUAUCAUUAGAGUGCAUCAUCAGCAAGAAAUGCUACUAUGCAAAUGAAAUAUAUAAUCAUAAGUCCGUAUGUGCUGAAUUUAUCCCACAUUUACCAGGUACUUAUCAAGCAAAAUUGCAAAUAUAACCUCUGCGGUCCCACAACAAAAUAUCCUAUUUUCAUUUGUGGCCAUUCUGCAAUCAUGACGUAUAACUGAAGAUGAUAACGACAUAACGACGACGAUAUCGUCGUCGUCACCAUGAUGAAUAGGAAGGGCAGACCAACAAACAGAAGCAGCAAACGCACGUCUGAUAUUUUGUCACAUAUAGCUGCUCUAUUGUGCUCACAAGGCGGGUUGCACAACUUUGUCUUGCAACAUAGUCAGUUUUACGUAGCCUACGGUUAUGUAAUACAAACGGGAAUAAAUUGUGUAAUGUUCUUCCUUCUUUAAGGCAGUCGACAAAUAAUUAAGUGAUAAUUCGUUGCUGAAAGCAUUUCACCAAUCUUCCCUCUCUCAUAUUUGUUAAAACCAAUGUGGCACAAAAAGGCAAAAUUGGUUACUCACAUAAUAUUCGGUGGAUUGUUAGCCACAGUUGUCAGUAAUGAACAAGCGGCUUUCAUUGAGGUUCUGAUGUUCUUUUCUUAUAUUUCUGAUUUACUAGUAACAAAACUGCAUUUUUAUGAUUAAUGGCGAACAAUAUUUUUAAUACUAAAAUUACCAAGACGCCCUUACUUGCACGUCACUACAAUACAUGUGCGCAGGGUCAUCUUGCUAUUUUAGGUUUGGGUCCAUGUAUUCUUUUGGUCAUACUGGUCUGCUUCACAAACAUGACUGCCAUGUGUGAAAUUGUACAAACGAAGACAGUACAACUAAAUCAAAAGCACCAAUCAAAACAGACAUUUAUAACAUGUGACAUAAAUUUCGAAGCACUUCCGUUUUAACCUGUGCAGCAACUUUAAAUAACAUGCUUAGAGUGUUUAAAAAAAACGGAAAAACGAGUUGAAAGCUGGAUGACUAUGUUAUUGCUUUAUGUGUCAUUAUGUCAUGUAGUGAGUUCACCGAUUUUACUCUUUUUCACGUUGUUUUGCUACAGGCAUAAUUGUAGGUGCCAAAAUAGAUGUUUUCCAUAUGUUGUAGACAAGAAGUAGUUAUUUUAUGUCGGAUGCUCCUCUAUGGAUAUCUCUCCUGUGGCGGCCGGGUUCUCUAAGCUUGAGAGCACGCCCUGAAAAAUUGGAAAUUGGUAAUUACUUCCGUGUUUGUAGGCUUUUCUUGGUAUUGGAAAUCAAAGAAAUUUUGAGGAGCAAAAUUCUUCCUUGACAAAAUUUAUUAGCACCUUUGAGGUACAGACGUAUUCAUCCUCACUCCUACAACAAUAGCAAGAGCCAUGCGUUAGAGAUACAUAUGCACAGCACAAGCAAAUAAAUAUCGUAAAGCACGCCUAUGCAUAUUAAACUCUAGCAGGGAUGCCGAGUGAACAACACGAAUAAGCAUGGUGUAUGAGCUCCAAAUUUAGAAAUAGCAAGUUAUUACUUUGUAUAAUAAAAAAUGAAAAAUAACUCUUGCCCCAUUUAAUUCUUUAAGAAAAACAUGGCUGGCAAACGCGUUUUUUUGUUACAUUCUGUUAGCGGCAGCAGUUGUGUUAUCGUCGUGCCUAUCCUCGGGUUCAAUGAGAAGUAAUGGGGCUAAGAAAACUUGGCGAUAAACACAAACAACUGAUUGUGACUGACAUAGCAGGGUUUGCUUACAUCUAGUAUUCCUUUGGCGAAUCACUUACAUAGGUUCUCGACUCUUUCAACUUGCCACUGACCUAGUUUUAGCAUGUUUUCGGUUAUGUAGGUCGUCCUAUGUUAAGAGACGGCGAAACCAACUUUAACAGUAUAUUUCCCUCUUGAAGUCCAGUGAGACAGCCUUAAAUUUGCGUAGUGCUUGAAGCACUAGAAACGGAGAAGUGGCAUAAAGUGCUUCGGAAUGAUUGUAAAUUAGCAUAAGGGGUUUGCUUUAUGUCAGUAUUGUUAAAUCAAGAAUUUUCCACCAAUCUGCACAAAUUUGUCGGGGACCUUUAUUCUCGUGUUUGUACUGGGUAAUACAUCUGUGCGCUGUGUAUACUUCAAUAAAAUCACGUGUAUCAUCUGC